GCGCCGCGAAGCUUCAGUCUCAACCGAAAGCUCGGCGCUCUUGGUUCGACGUCGGGUGCGACGCUAUUUAAUCUUUGCGCCGAACUGUCGUUAUCUUCGACGCCAACGACGUAAAGGCGUCGCGACGCAUGUUGAUGGGAAUUAUCACGCGUACGAAUCGCGCGUUUUAGCAAAAUUUUGCCGCAACCGAAUUCGCCCGAGAUAUAAUAGGGGUAGAAAAGCUCGAUCAUUGAAUAAAAAAAGCUCACCCCCCCAAAACAGUUUCCCACUUGUCCGCUAGUCUGGUUUGAGAAAAGUGUGAUAACAAUUGUCAUGUAUUCUUUGGAUAAUGAUAAUAAUUUAUAGAAAAAAAAAAUAUAUAUAUAUAUAUAUAUAGUCCCGAUUCCCGAUAGCCUGAAUUUUUAACGCGCCGACUUAGCGAUCGCACGUAAUUUCACAGUGAAGGUAAUUGCGGAUGAACGGUAUAAAAAAAUAUUGAAGAAAACGAGAAGAAAAAAAUUAGUAAUCAUUCGCUCCGAGUGAAAUUGAUGUCACAUGAUAAACCACCCCCUGUAUCAUGAGAUCGAUAAUUCGCCCUCGUAAGAAUUGAAUGUACGCACGAUUGAUACGGUGAAAAAUUAUAGAUUUCAACUAAUUAAUCGAUGAACUAAUGGUAAUAUUCGUCUGUCCGUCGAAGACCAUUGAAAAUUCGGAGGAACUAAGACCGCUGAAAAUUAUCCAAAGCAGAGGAAGCGAAUUGAUAAAUUCAAAUACAAAAAUAGAUGAAUAAAUAAAUAAAAGAAUUUAAGCAAUCAGUGAUCAUCCGAGUGGUUUGUUUGUACGAAAGUUCAAGUGUGUUUUUAGAAUAAGAGAAAAAAUUAAAAUCCGCCAACCAAUUGAGAGAGAUCUGCAGUGAUUUUAUACAACCUUGCCCUCCGAUACUGCUACCAUCACUUUUCCGUGCAAAAAACGUAAAAAAAAAUCUCGCAAAGAGGUUUACGGUAGAACGAAGCGUCGUUCAGUGUCCGUCGUUGUCGGAAGCUGCAUGAACAUGGACCUCGGAGAAGAGGAAACGGAAAUUGGGGGAACCCAGCACGCACAUCACCAGCACUACGCGACUUAUGGGAAACACGACUCUAACGGAGGCGGCAGGGGUGGCACUAGAGGCGGAGGCGGGGGUGGCGGAGAAGGGGGCGAGAGAAGAAUGGUCGACAUCACGAGAGACAAGCCAAUUAAAGUUUCAGUCAGAGUCCAAGUACCCGUUAGAGAUCAUCCGAAGUUUAACUUCGUCGGGAAACUCUUGGGACCCAAAGGCAAUUCUCUGAAACGGCUACAAGAAGACACGAUGUGUAAAAUGGCUGUUUUGGGACGCGGCUCCAUGAAGGACCGACAAAAGGAAGAAGAGUUGAGGCUCAGCGGAGACGCGAAAUUUUCACAUCUGAUGGAAGACCUCCAUGUAGAGAUAUCGGCGUACGCAACGCCCGCCGAAGCUCACGCGAGGAUCGCAUACGCGCUCGCUGAAGUUCGUCGAUUUCUAGUUCCGGAUUACAACGACGAUAUCAGGCAGGAACAAAUGUGGGAAAUGCAGAUCCUAAGCACACAGGGACGCGAGGGAUCCCAAGGUGCCGAAACCCCCUCGAGUCCCGAACUUUGUUCAGAUGCGGCGAACUCUCCAACUGCCGCGACCACCGCGGUAUCUAUCGAAGGCCAAGACUGUGCUCCAAGACCAACUCCAUCGCCACCAAAUCCGGCCACCCUCAAAACCCAGGGUACCGUUCUUCAGACGGUUACGUCAACGCUAGGAGGCAGAAAGCGUCCAUUGCUACCCGGAGGUCGUCCCGCGAUGUCGCCCACGAAGCGAACGGUAAUGUCGUUACUCGCACGAGCUCGUGCGGCACAAAACAAAGAACCGUUACCACCGCCACCCUCAAUCGUGGGAGCGGCGCAUCCAACGCACCCGACACACCCCCAGGCACCGGCACCUUUAAUUCAAGCUGCCCUCCAGCUCCCCGCAGGUGCUCUGCAACCGGGGACUCAGGCCCCGGUUGGUCACCAAGUAUCGCAGCUACAACUCGCCGCAGCCCAGGCGGCGGCGUCUCCACAUACCACGGCUUCGCAACGGCAGUCAAUUCUGCCACCGCAUACGCAGCACCAAGUCAUACCCCCGGCGAUACACGGCCUGCUUCACGCGCAGUUUUUUUUCUAAACCACUGUUUCAGGAGGGCCGCCGCUGGGGCGACGGUGGUACCCAUUUUACGGGAGGAUUUCAUGGCAGGAGUCAACCUCGUCUAAGCGUCGCUGUCUUUACCAGGUUCAAAAUCUUCACUUAGUAUAAUAACUAUUGUCAAAAUACAAAGCUAACUAAAAACGAAAAUGAGUUAACACAUAGUAAGAUAACAGCCCGACGAUCGAGUGGGGGGUAACGCCAACAAGAUUUACAAAAAUUUUCAACUUAAAUAAGCGAAAAAGAAUAAUUAUAUAAAAAAUACAACAACAAACACAACAACGCAUUAACUAUUAUCAAAUCAAAAAAUAAGUACUGUAAUAAUAACGGUUAUUGAAUUAUAAAAUUAAGCGAUUAGAGGUAUAAGCGAACAUACGAUAUACCUAUACUGUCUCUGUCUAUACGUUCUGGUACUAUUUGUUGAUGAAAAGAUAGGAAAUUUGAAAAAAUAAGAAUUCCGGAAGAAAGAAGAAUCAUGCUUUUUAACUAUACAAAAUUGAUGCACUGAACGUCACAAAAAACCUAGUGCCGUGUGUUGUACAUAUAUAGAGGAAAAUGGAAACAAAAAAAAAUGAAAAAAAAGUAGAUGAGAUAUACAAGCGAAGUUAUGCGAUGAAAAAAAGUAUAACGAUGAUAUAAAAAUACUUAUUUAAGGUAACAAAAAACGAAAAAAAAAUCAACCAACCAACCAACCAACUAACUGACUAACAAAGAAGAAAUGGAAGCUAUAUUAUUCAAGUUUACACUGAAGACGAAACAAAACACGGCGCAUUCGCACGGACCAAUCAGCACCCUCCUUUUGCUAAGAUAGAUGUCCCUGUCUGAAUUGAUAAUUUUCUUCUUUUCUUCCUUUCGUUUCUCUCAUUCUUUGGUUUUUUUUUAUACACUCAUUCCUCCCUCUUUCGUACAGUUUGUCCCUCCCCCUCAACCCCUUUCUCCAGUCGCACUUCACUCCCUCUCACAAUCAGACACAAUUGCCCUACGUCUCAUCAGCCAAGUGUGUAGUUCAUUUUACCGUACUCGUAUAAUACGCUAUAAUACAUAAAAUAUGAAAUACAUAUGAUAUAUUUGUAUGUAUGAUUAUAAUAACAAUAAUAAUAAUAAUAACGAUAUUGAUACGGUAAGAUAAAGUCAAAAGCUAACGACGAUUAAAUAAAGAAAAUAUCGUAACGAUAUAAUUAUUGAUACAUUAACUAUUCGUGUAAUAUAAGUAAAAUUUGAAUGUCUUAAAAUGCGAAGAAUUGUUCUCACAAAGUAAAGAAGAAGAAAAAAAACGAAUUUUGAGAAAAAAUUAAAAUCGGAAGAUAUACAUAAGAGAAAGAAACAUUUCUAAUGAAUAAUAAGGGAAGGAUAAAUAAAUAGAAACAUACUUGGCAAAUGUAUACCUAUCUAUAAGUAUAUAUUUAUGUGUAUUAUGUACAUACAUAUACAUAUUUGACGCAUAAUUGCACUUCGCAAUCCAUCGACCCUCUUGUAAUUUAAUUACAUAUAUAUUGUUCAUUGUUAAAAUUACGUGAGUCGUUUUAAGGGCUUUGUUACUAACCGCUGAACGACGUGGUAUGUCGUAUCACUGUGAAUGUCUUAUGAAUCUCACAUAGAAGUUAUAUGUAUACACGUACAUAUAUUGUAUAAUUGAAUAGUAACGACGAAGUGAUCAUUUUCGAAGAUUCGUGUACCUAGUCAAUCGAUAAUUUUCAAUAGGACUGCUUUGUCAAUAAUUCAAAUAGUAUUUUAUUUCUAUAUAUAUACGUAGCCUGAAAAUUUAAUACUUCAUAGGGACAACAAAUCAUUUGAAUAAGACGCGUUGAAUACAAAAAUGAACAUCGGAGGUUUACCGUUAACGUUAUAUCCAUAAUACAUUUAGGAGAAGAAGAAAGAGAAAAAAAAAUCAUUAUUGAAUACCCAAUGUAUAUUAUUACUAAUGGAAAAUAAGUAAUAUACAUACAUAGAAUAUUAGAAACAUCAUAGUAUAUAUUAGAGAAAAAAAUAAUUCUGAAUAUUGUUUUUGCUAUGUGUAAAAUAAAUGUGCAUCUCUUGCUAUACCUACGUAAUACCGAUGUAUACAUAUGUACAUUAUUUGUUGAGAUUUCGGUUACGUGUUAUACGUAUAGUUUUUCCACAGAGUAAAAAAUUCGAUAUUCGACGAAUUUUUUUCUUCCUUCUGUCCAUACGUCAAAUUCAUUUUAUUUCAUGUUUGUUCAUAACGUGUCCGUUUUUUUUUUCCUUUAUUUUUUAAUCGAUCUUUAUUUUUUUCUUUUUUUUUCAAUGCGUAUUCAAACACGGCAUAAUUCACGUCAUCCAGCGUUAUGUAUGUUGGCAUGUACACACAUAUACAUAGCAAUCGCUCGUGAAUCAAUAUCAUACAACCAUAUACUGUGGACAUAAUGAAACGUACGUGAAUUAUUCAAUUGUUAUGGUUUUACUGUGAUUUCAAAAAACAAAAAGAAAAAAUAAAUAAGUGAAUAAAAAUUUUAGCACAAAGCAGAGAGAAAUAUAUGAAAAAGUUAAAUAGAUUAAAAUAACUAUACAUAUAGUAUAAAAUAAAAAUGAAAGAGACGAAGAAGAAGAAAAUCCACCAAAAUCUCACGCUGUACGUACAUAUCGAAGAUAACUAUUAGAAGAUAAAAUUGGUGUUUAAAGUUGAAUUUAUGCCAUCGGGUCGCUUAUUGUUAGGAUAUAUAGGUAUAUAGCUAUCUGUGCGCGGUGAUAUCAUGUCGCAAUUUGGUGUGGAACUAUUUAUCAAUCGUAAUUACGUCAAACUACAGCGUCCGUUGAAAAUUGAAGGUUUAUCGAUGAAUGAUUAGUCGAAUGUAAUUGUAUAUUAUAUCUGCUGCAGCAUAACAAUGGAUUAAAUACCAGGGUGAUUAACUGAAUAAAACUCGCAUUCUAUAUGUACCUACGUGAAACGAACAAAAAAGUAGAGUGAAAUACUCACAUGAAUUUCGAAGGAGAAAAAUACGCACAACUAAAGCACACUUACUGUAUUUCGCAGGGAUCGAUUAUUACGAUCGUGAGCUAGAAAAAUUUGCCUUUUCUUUCUGUUUGGUGUUUCAAUAUUAUCUUUCCACUACGAGAUUAAUCGCAGGUACCGUAGUCCAAAGGUGCAACGAAUUUUCUACAAGUUUCGCACUUUCUUUAUUUUUCUCAUCGCAUGUGAUAUUAAACUCAGAAACGCUGCAGCGUGUACACCAAAUCGAUUUCUCAUGUUACUGCCAUAAUUAUCUUAUCAUUUUUAGUUGAAAACGUUGAAUGAACGUACAUAUUGAAUGAACAAAAUGAAAAUGAACCGCGUUGUUGGCAUGAUAUUAACCGAUUACUAAUUAACUGUUAGAUAAAUUAUUGAAAGGAAAAUAUAAGAUUAAGAAAAAACGAAAAAAGAAGUUUUUAGACAACUUACUCCGUAGUUACAUAUUAUUAUAAUCUAUCGUUGAAUGUAUCACAUGAGAUUAUAUUGAACAGGCACUCGUGAGGUGAGAAGAUAAAGAAAUAUUACAAAAUCCGAAAGAAGAAAAAAACAAUCAAAAAUCAACCAAAUAAUUACCAACAACAAAAGUUCUGUUAUAAAUAAUAUCAUUACAUUUAUGAUUAUUGUUGUUAUUAUUAUUAUUAUUAUUAUUGUGUACACUAUUAUGAAAGAUAAAUUUAUAAUACGAGAUGAAUAAUUUAAUAGUAAAAAAAAUGAACAACCUAAGAAUGAAGAAAAAAAAAUGAAAUAAUGAAAACGUGCUGUGUCUGUUAUCCAUGAAUUUUUCUGAUUCCUUAAUACAUACAUACAUUACAUAUAGUAUAUUAGAAAAAAUUAUUCAUGUUAACGAAAGAUCUGAUUUCUAAAACGUUAGCGCAUAAUACUAUAUUGAUAAUAUAAUAUUAUUAAUAAAUAAAUGGCCUACUUCAAAUUUUCACAGACCAGUUGAUUGAAUUGAAAAAUUAAAAAAGAAGAAAAAAAAGUAAAAUAAAUUAAAAACUAUAAUCAUCUAGAAAAUAACAUGAGAAUGGAGAAAAAUUAUCAUGUGUAAAUUUGAAGAGGCCUAGGCAAAAAAUAUAUAUAAUCUUUAAAAUUCUUAAUAUUAAAAUCACUUCUUGCUAGGUAUGAGCGGCUUUACGUCGUUGUAAUUAACGCUCAGUUAAUUUGGACGUUUGGCGGCCGUAGCUAGCAGAUGUUUAAAAUUACGUCUUUAAUGUUGUAGGCUUGCUUGCACAUUAAAUAUAUAAAAUAAACUAACCGUAAAUAUAUUAAUGAAAUUUUCAAUAAUAUAACAAUUAUAAACGCUAAUAUGAUAAAUGUAACUUAACAGAAUAUCUUUCGUGUAAAAUUAAUUAAAAUAUAUGCAAUUAAAAUGUCAAA